AUUCCAUCAGCCAAGGUCGCUUCGACUUCCUCUAUAUACGCAUCCAUAAGCUUCAAACGUGCUGGCGACCGUCUGCACGACCAGAACGCACCCCAACUGCGGCAUGACUUCCCAUAACAGCAAUGGGCUCGGAGAGCGUCAACCGCUUCUGAUAAACCAUUCCGACCUCCCUGCACCAGUUGAUUUUUCCGGCAGGCCCAGCAAUGCAGCUGAUGCCAACUACAGCGUCCACGUCGACGCGGAACGUGGAGACGAAGGUCUGCCCUUACAUCGCCCCACAUCCUACCCCGCCCGCGCGCAACACUACCUGAGCGGACCGUCGAAUGAGCCCAACUUUGCGACAUCGUUUAGGUGGUUCUUGACUUCGUCCUGGCUCAAUGUCCUGCUCGUCUUUGUCCCGCUUGGGAUCGUUGCCGAGCACCUCGGAUGGUCCGCAGCAGCGAUCUUCUCGCUCAAUUUCAUCGCCAUCGUGCCGCUCGCUAAGCUGCUCGGUGACGCGACGGAGCAGGCAUCGUUGAAGCUAGGUCAGACGCUUGGCGGCCUAAUGAAUGCGACAUUUGGCAACGCCGUCGAACUUAUCGUUGGCAUAGUCGCUCUCACCCAGGGCCAGCUGCGGAUCGUGCAGACUUCGCUGAUUGGGUCUAUCUUGUCCAACAUCCUGCUCGUCCUGGGCAUGGCCUUUGUCGCGGGUGGCAUAUGUCGCAAGGAGAGCACGUUCCAGCAGACUGCUGCGCAGGCCUCAGGCAGCAUCCUCAUGUUGGGCGGAAUCACCGUUGUAAUUCCUGCGGCGUACCAAGGGUCCGUUCGCUCUGCCGAAUUUUUCACCACCGGAUCGCUGACCCCGGACAAGCAGACCGAAGCAGGGUUGUUGUUCAUCUCGCGCGGCACGUCGAUCAUUCUGCUGCUUGUCUACACUCUGUACCUCUUCUUCCAACUCAAGACGCACGCGUUCUUGUUCGAGGCGCAGGAGGAGGAAGAAGAGGAGGAAGAGGAGGAAGCCAAGAUGACACCAGUCGCAGCGAUGCUCGGCUUGCUGAUAGUGACGAUUGUCACUAGUUUUAAUGCCGACUACCUCGUCGGCGCCAUCGACGAGGUCGCGAGCGAGUACCACAUCCCCAAGAGCUUCAUCGGUACGAUCUUGCUGCCAAUCGUCGGGAACGCUGCAGAGCAUGUCACAUCGGUGUGGAUGGCUGCAAAGAACAAGAUGGAAAUCGCGCUUGGCGUUGCGGUGGGAUCGUCGAUUCAGAUUGCCAUCGGCGUCAUUCCUGCGCUCGUCAUCGUUGGAUGGAUAAUCGACCAGCCCCUUACACUCUACUUCCAAUCCUUCGAGACAGUCAUUCUUGUUGCGAGCGUUGUGCUUGCAAACUGCCUCAUUCAAGAUGGAAAGAGCAAUUACAUUGAAGGGUUCAUGCUCUGCGCACUGUACCUGGUCGCCGCCCUCGCUUUCUGGGUCAACUGAGGCAUGCCAUGGUAACAACUUCGCAAUAUUCAACUCAACAAGUUCGCCGACAAUCCCUUUCCGCUUCGCAACGGACAUGAUCAAAAACGCGUCGUUGACGGGCUGCAGAUUGCGAAAUAUGGAAGCGAGCUUAUACACACGCAUCGCUGUGGAGCAAAAAUCGAUAUUUAUGCGUCUCGACGAUGCAUGUAUAGUCGGAUCUCGGUGCAAAGGAAUAAUGGGCAAAAUGGUCAUUGAUAACAAUGACAGCUAGCACCGAGCGCUGAUCUUCAUGUACGCAUUACCAGAAUGUGUGAAGAACAUGGUGACGUAGUGGCUAUUGAUG